AUGAAGAAGCAGACCACAAUCAAGAACUUCUUCUUGGAGCGUCUAUCUCUUAACGCCGCACAGGAUGAUACCAGUUCGAAGCGCCCGAAACCAGACUUGCAGACAGUGACACCAACGACUGAAUGCGCAGACGAAACGAAGGUCAAGGAAAUCACCAAUGCUACCGAUGCACACCUCACUAUCCAGAAGCACAUCCAGGAUAUCACCAACAUCCUCCCCACUCUAAGGGCUGAUGGGGACAGGCUCGUGUACGAGAGCUUACGAAGCGAGCUUCAGCAGCGCCUGGAAGAGCAGCGGCAGGAUGAUGAAGCAUAUACAACAAGAGAAGAGGAGGGCACUCUGAGCGAAGUUGUAGCCACGCAAAGCGCCCUCCUAACCGCAAAACCACUCUCCCCUAGCCCGAGCGCUGGAAACACAUAA